CGAGCACAAGCUUGACCGCAGAUCAAAUAAACGUUUUGGGAAACAUGUGUUGCUUCCUAAAUGCGUCCUACAUCCUGAACUCUGAUUCGUCCAUGUUGGAGAAACUAAAGACCUGCCAAGACCUCUCUGAUGCUCAAGCAGCGGCAGUGGAAGCUGUUCUGAUCAAGGGGAACACUACAUAUGGAAACCCUUCAACAUGGACUGACACAACUCUGAGGAGCCUCGACACAUUGCCUUUGUACAUGUCUUCAGAUUUCUAUGACAACUUUGAAAAACCUGUAAAGCGCAGAUUCCUAAGAUACUUCCUGAAAGUUCUCAGACAGAAUAGAGUCAGUCGAGCAAAGAGGAGGAGGAUGAAGGCAGAGAUAAGAAAAUCUAUCAGAAAAAGAACGAGACGAGAUGCAGUCAGUGAAUGCACCGUGGGAACAAUCAAUGAAGUUGUCAUCAGUGAUGAAAGUUUCCCCUUGGACUAUGACGACGUCAAUCAGUUUAACAGCUGUCUCAGUGCUGCUACGGUCAGAGACAACCUGGAAGCCAUCACCCAGAAGGUUGAUCUGGAAGAUUACCUUAAGAUUGUCCUCGAGAAGCUAAGACAGGUAUGUCUUAAUAUAAUAGAGAGCAGGGGGGGAUUUACCAUUAGGGGGCCCCCUGNCAUGCUCGAUAGUGGCAGUGGUAGUACCAAAUGGUAUUCUCAGUCAGUCCAAGGCCGGUUUACCAUCUCCAGAGACAACAGCAAAAAUCAGCUCUAUCUGCAGAUGAACAGCCUGAGAACAGAAGAUUCUGCUGUUUAUUAUUGUGCUCGAGCGUCACAGUGA